AUGGCGUUCUCUGAACCGGCAGCCUACGUUACUCAUCAGCAGAAGGUGGUGCGGUUUUUUAAGGAGCUACAGAGCCACCUCAAGUCGUGGUGUGUCCACAGGGACAAAUACCGAUGCUUGGCUUGUUUGAUGGGAGCCCGGUUGGAAGAACAUAAGAAUGAAAAGGAUAUGAUAAAGGCCACCCAGAUGCUGAGGGAGGCUGAGGAAGAUCUCUGGUACCGUGAGCAUUCACAGCCAUACAUCUUCCCUGACUCUCCUGGGGGUUCCUCGUAUAAGAGACACGAGUGUUACAAGGUUCCAGAAAACUGCUUGGAUGCCUGGCAUCCUUCCCAAAGGGCAAUGUAUCCUGAUUACUUUGCCAAGAGAGAAAGGGGAAGAAACUGCGGGGAGAAAGCUGGGAAAGAGAUUAAACAACUGGAGGAGGAAACGCCACCUGGUGGUCCUCUGACUGAAGCUUUGCCUCCUGCCCGAAAGGAAGGUGAUUUGCCCCCACUGUGGUGGCAUAUUGUGACCAGACCCCAGGAGCGCCAGUGCCCUACUGGGCCUUUCUUGCGGCCCUCCCGGCUUACCUGGAGCAGCUGGACCUGCGGCUCAGGCCUGAUGCUGUGCAGGACCCACGGAACCCCGCGGGGCGCAGAACCGAAAGCCCCGCUCAACCCAGAACGCUCUGGUUUUUGA